AUGUCGCCCAUUCACGGUCAACCCUUUGAAGUUCUUGAAGCCAUUGCUGGCUAUAUCGACAACGCAGACGACAUUCUUGCAUUCGCUUUGGCAUCCAAGUUCAUUGCCUCUGUUGUCUCCCCUCGACACACGCAGCUACGCCACAUACGGUGCAAUGUCGAAACUAUUUGUCUCUGGAAAGCGUUCUCUCGGGACUUAUCCCUAGCUCGUAACGUUCGAAUCCUCGAAAUUGGAGAUGGACGUCCAUACCGCCUUCCUCGGUUCAUUUUACCUGAUCAUACCGAUUGUCAGUGCAGUCAUGGAGUGACUCAAAGGGAGGCAGAAUUGGAACUCAUCACCGCGCUGAAGAAUCUCACCCACCUGACGUUCUUCAAAUGGCGUGGUCAUCCAAAUGUUGUUAUCGCCAAAAAGGAGUCUGAUGGGGAGGAUGUUUGGACCUCGCUCACGCAUUGCAGGGACCUUAGGGAGCUCGACGUGCUCGAGAAUUUCAUGGAGUACCCACCUUAUCCGAUAUGGGGCGGCGCAAUGUUCAGAUCGUCAAACCUGACAAGCUUUAAAUAUAUAACCUCCGUCGAAAGUCUUGUGCCUGACCUAUAUGGACUUGACACUGAACCCCUCGGGAUCAUGCUCCGUGAACACUGUCCAAAGCUGCAGAGGCUGCAUUUAGGCUUCUCGUGCGAAGGCGAGGAUAUCAUGCCCAAUGUGGAACAUUCGAUCAUGAGUGGACGAUGGCCCAAUUUGCGCUCGUUGCACCUCAGAUGGGCUGCCUGCUCUCCCGCGGCAGCGGUCUCGUUCUUGGUCGCGCACCCUCAGAUAUUGGACCUCUCCAUUGACAGUUUCAUCGGGUCCACAGCAACAUCCGAGGGACUACCGCUAGACUGUCCGCCAGGACUCCUGCCUAGCCUCCAGAAACUCGAGUGUGCAACGUCCCAAGCGGCUGAUAUCCUCUCUUCCGCAUCUUCCCAGCCACGCCCCCUCAUGCACCUCUCACUCAACGAUCUUCCGUUCAGUUCUCGUCAAGCGGAGUUUCUAGCGAUCCUUUCCACGUUGACGUCCAUCCAAACUGUGGAGUUCCGGUACAGCUUCACUAUGGAAGCAAUUUCUCGUUUGGCACAAGCAGCACCAUGGCUCCCACGGCUGCACAUCGACGGCAGCUCUUUCUUGAUGUCCUCAUGCAAGGACCCAGAGACGAAGAAGCGGUGGCAGAAGCUGUUUGAGCCGUUCUUCCGUCUGGAAGCGCUAGAGUGUGAGAACCCCGAGCAAAAUGUGCUCGAUGUCAUUCGCGGUCCAUAG